CCUUUCCUCUGAUAGUCCUGAACGCAGCACACCGUGUGAUGCAUUCGGGGGGUUGCGAACAAGGACGGUGACAACAAACGUUAACGUCGACUAAAAAUAACGGUUUUAAGACUGAUUGUGUACAUAACUGAGGCAGGAAGGCUCGUAUUUUAAGUGUUUCGAUAGUUUAACGGGCUAAACUCGCGGUUUAGGUCUUCAUUCUGAGCUUAUAUACCAACGACUUAUUAUUUGUGGCUAAAUUAGCCGAGUAGCUUGAAGCUUGGGGACGUUUUUGCUAGUAGCUAUGUGGACCACUGACGGCAUCAAACUCAGCUUUGUGGCUGUCAAUGUCACAUGCAUGGCUGACACUAAAGAGACAUUUUAAGCAGGAGGUGGAAAAGACCGAGAGCCAUGGAGGCGUGUUUUGGAAACAUCGUGUUCAGCUCCAAGUUUGAUUCGGGGAACCUGGCACGGGUGGAAAAAGUGGAGAGGGGCAACCUAAGCCCCGCCUCUGACACGGCCUCCAGUGGAAGCUCCCCCUCGGGGUCACACCUCGCCCCCGACUAUGAGUUCAAUGUGUGGACGCAGCCAGACUGCGCCGGCACCGAGCACGAAAAUGGAAACAGGUCGUGGUUUUACUUUAGUGUGAAGGGCGCAGCCCCUGGAAAGUUAGUUAAGAUCAAUGUGAGGAACAUGAACAAUCAGAGGAAGCUCUACAGCCAGGGAAUGGCCCCUCUUGUCCGCUCUCUACCUGGCAAGAACCGUUGGGAAAGAAUUCGAGACAGACCCACAACAGAGAUCAUAGACAACCAGUUUGUACUUUCGUUCACUCACCGUCUUUCCGAGGCGCGAGGAGCCACCACCUACUUCUCCUUCUGCUACCCUUACUCGUACACCGAGUGUCAGGAGAUGCUGCAAAAACUCGACGACAGUUACCCCAAUGCUGCUCAGCUCAGUCCCAGCAGUGCACCGAGCACCGUUUAUUACCACAGGGAGCUGCUCUGCCGCUCUCUAGAUGGCAAUAGGGUGGACCUUCUCACUGUGACCAACUGCAGCAAGAUGCAGGAAGAAAGAGAAGCCCGUCUACCCAAGCUGUUUCCUGAUACCAACACUCCAAGACCGCAUCGCUUCGCCGGCAAGAGGGUUUUCUUUCUCAGCAGCCGUGUGCAUCCCGGGGAAACGCCUUCCUCGUUUGUUUUUAACGGCUUCCUCAGCUUCAUCCUGAGAAGAGAUGAUCCCCGCGCCCACAUGCUGCGCAGCAUGUUCGUGUUCAAGCUCAUUCCCAUGCUCAACCCGGACGGGGUUGUCCGGGGACACUACAGGACUGAUUCCAGAGGUGUGAACUUGAAUAGGCAAUACUUGAACCCCAGCCCUGAGCUGCACCCUUCCAUCUAUGCAGCCAAAACCCUGCUGCUCUACCACCACACACACAACCGCCUGCACAACACACACACCAACGGUGGCACGCACUCCCAGGCUCCCUUGAACCUUAAACCCACAAAUCAACACCAAACUCCUCCCCUCACUGCUCUUGAAGUCAGCCUGAACCAACGGAACGCAGAGAAGGCGCAGCCGGUGGUUUCCAUGGUGACGGAGGAGAAUAGCUGGUCCCCGGCAGAGGUGGUGAAAGGAGAGCACAACAGUUCGUCGGGACUCACAGAGACCGUAGAUGUUGUAGCACCGCAGGUGGAGGAACCUGAAUCGAUACCGCCCCGAGAAGGGGGUGUGGCCUAUUAUGUGGACUUGCAUGGCCACGCCUCAAAGCGAGGAUGCUUCAUGUAUGGAAACAGCCUUCCAGAUGAGAGCCAGCAGGUGGAGAACAUGCUCUAUCCAAGACUGAUCGCUGUGAAUUCUCCCCACUUUGAUUUCAUGGGCUGCAACUUCUCAGAGAAGAACAUGUACGCACGUGACAAGAGGGACGGCCAGUCUAAGGAAGGCAGUGGCCGGGUUGCCAUUCACAAAGCUAUCGGGCUGCUUCACAGUUAUACUUUAGAGUGCAAUUACAACACGGGGAAAACUAUGAACACAAUUCCACCUGCCUGCCACGACAACGGACGAGCAACGCCUCCUCCACCCUCAUCGUUUCCUCCAAAGUACACUCCAGAAAUAUUUGAGCAGGUGGGGCGUGCUGUGGCGGUCUCGGCUUUGGACAUGGCAGAAUGUAACCCCUGGCCUCGGCUUGUGCUUUCUGAGCACACCUGCCUAACAAACCUGCGCGCUUGGCUCCUCAAGCAUGUCCGCAACACCAAAGGCCUGAACAUGCACAUUCACGCUCCCCCAAAAGUCCACAACAACGCCACGAAGGCGGCGCCGCCAAAGAACUUCAACAUCUGUCUGUCUGGAUCAACGUCGGAGAACGCACUCAGCCGCGCCCACUGCAACAGCAGCGGCAGCCAGACGCCCUCCCCGAAAAUGCAGAACUCUCCGAGCUUCACCUUUGGUUACCCCGCACCCCGAGCUCACACGCAGCACGGCAGCUCCCACGCCGGAGCUCGUGGAGGCAACAAGGCGCACGGACCCGCCAAGGACUCAAAGGCUCAGGAGAAAAGACGCCCCGCCCACCUCCGCUCCGUCCUCCGAUGUCCCACCAACGGCUACGCUCCCUCCUGCCCCCGAAUGUCUCCCCCGUCCUCUUCCUCGUCCUCGUCUUCGUCCACGUGCGCAGCAGGUUCCUGCCCCCUCCCUGCUUCCGUCAGCAUGACAGGCCUCAGCUGUCCAGACUUUAAAGCUGGGGGACCCACUGCCACCGGCUGGUCCAGAAUACCGUUCCCCGUGUGUUCUGGGUGUGUGGCUCGAGGUUGCCGAGCUCCUCAUCAGCCCACAGAGACUUUUAAAGACCUGGGGGCUGCACAUAUCCUGUCAUCCAUCAAGUUUCGCAAGUUUGAGCUGCAGCCGCACGCCAGCCGCAUCCCCAUCCGGAGGGGGGGGUCACUGGACACCCCGCCCCUGCGCAGCACUAAGACCUCUCCAGACAGUGAAGUACUGACCAGCAUGAAGGUGUGGAAGCUGUUACGGCCCGGGCUUCACAGACGCCUCUCAGGUUUCUCUGAGAAAGAUCCACCCGUGCAGCUCCCCUCUGCAUCUCUAAGGACGUCCGACAAGAGUCUCCACAACGCAGCAGAACCUAUAAUAAAGUCCUCACCGCCAGGAGAUCCGGCACUGCAGCAGGCUGAGGGAACUGAAGCCGGGCCUGUAGCUGGGAACGUGUGUGAAACAUUGACCCUGCUGAGGACAAGCUGAGGUUUACACCCCACAUUCUCAUACUGACUGAUUAGGAAAAACAUAUGUAUGUGCAAUAUGAAAAGGUUCCUUUUACUGACAAAGAGUUUGCAGAAUGAAGUUUCACUGAAGGAGCUGAGGGUUAAGUGCCUUUCUUCACCAUAGUGGGGAGGACGGCACAAACUUUAAAGUUCAGCUUCUAUCUGGAUGUUGUUUUGGUCUCUGCUGCCUCAGUACAGAUAUUAACUAUUAGACCUUUAAAUGUUUACGCACUGAAGUCUUUAUUUUUUUUACUUUGACAGCAGAGGCUUUAUAUUUUAACUUUCUUUUCUCACUCUUGUUUAUAUAAAGCUGGAGUUGUAGCAGUUUUUAUAUAUAUAUAUAUAUAUAAAUUUAAACUUCAUUAGAAAAAACUUCUCAAACUUGAUAUCAGCUUCAUGUGAUUGUUUGCUUUCUGUGCUCGUCAAUCUGGAUUAACUGCUGAAACAUAACUGGUAAGUGAAUCAAUAGGAUUAAAUUUCAAAUUUUUUUUUUCCAAUGAAAUCACAGGGGAAAAAAGCACUGAAAUCCAAAGUUGGGCAUUUGUGUAUUACCCUCACCUUUUCUGACACUCCUUAUUUUGACUGUUUUAUUUAACCAGACUGUUAUAUCAAGACUGAUGACUGUAAUAUGUUGGAAAUUAUAACUUGAAUAAAAACAUCAUAAACGC